AGGGUUAAAAAAUCACCCCCCCUCUCCCCCACACACACCCCUUUUCCCCGCCAGCGGAGCUGGGUGCCGAGGACAGACGUCCCAGCAGAGAAUUUGCUAAGGAGCCGUUCCAGGGGCUGGCUUCCCCGGCCUGGAGGAGCGUCUGAGCAGCGGAGAGUCGCCCAGGCUCCAGGGAGCGCAGCCAGGAAGCUGCCCCGUCCGGCCCAGGGGGUGUUGGAGCCAGGGAUGGCUCAGGCUGCCUAGGCGAGCCCAGGGCAGGGCAGAUCUCUCCAGCCGGGCUCUUUCUGCGGGACAGCUCAGCGCCUCGGCCAGACCAUGAACCUGGUGGGAAGCUACCAGCACCAUCUGCUGCACGAGCCUUUCCUCUUCAGCCCGGCCUCCAGGUGCCACCCGGAGCGCUCCUACUUCCAGAGCUGGGUGCUCAACCCGGCCGAGGUGUCCCCCGACCUCUCCGGGCAGCCCUCCCCCUACACCAGCGCCGAGUUCGGGGCGCCGGGGCCCGGCCACGGGCCCAGCCGGCUGGAGGCGCUGAGCGGCCGGCUGGGCCGGCGGAAAGGCGUGGGCCCCAAGAAGGAGCGCCGGAGGACCGAGAGCAUCAACAGCGCCUUCGCCGAGCUGCGGGAGUGCAUCCCCAACGUGCCGGCCGACACCAAGCUCUCCAAGAUCAAGACCCUGCGCCUGGCCACCAGCUACAUCGCCUACCUGAUGGAGGUGCUGGCCAAGGACAGCCAGGCCGGGGAGACCGAGGGCUUCAAGGCGGAGCUCAAGAAAACCGACAGCCGGGAGAGCAAGAGGAAAAGGGAGCCGCCGCCUGAAGUCUACUCUCAUUCCUUAGGCCAUGGGGAGAAAAAGCUUAAAGGAAGGACUGGCUGGCCGCAGCAGGUCUGGGCUCUGGAGUUAAAUCAGUGAGAGGAGAGAGACAAAUCGAAGACUGAACUCAUUUUUAACACAGAUUCAGACGAUUCCCCCCCCCCCCUCACCCCCCAGCACUCUUCAGACUGGGAGUGUAACCCAAUCGCUCUUAUCAUGUGCAAUGUUGAAGAAGGAAAAAGGGUUGGAGAUGGGGAGAAAUCCAGGAGGGGGGAAUGUGAAGAACUGGGCAGGAGGAAAAGAACUCGAGAGAAACAGGGUGACUCUAGUGUAAACGAAACACGCUCUGCUUCUUCUAAAUGCUCCGGAAUUGGAAUCGCUUCCCUACCUUAUUUUUCCAGUGGCCUUAAUUUUCUCCUCGCCGAAGGCGUCCCCUGGUCUCUUUCUCCAUAAAAAUGAAACGGAUGCAAUACGGAUUCUCAGCAGAAACACAAAUAAAACCGGCCGGCAGGAUCCUGUUCUCCCUGGGCAAUACGGGGCAGAUUCUGAUCUUGGUGGACUUGCAGAGGUACUAAGAUCGGGACGCAGCCCUGUGAGGUGAGUAAGGCAGGAUCGGGACCUAUUGCCAGAGAGAGCUGCUGGAAUCGAAUGAGCCCUGAACUCUUUUUUCUUUUUUCUUUUUCUUUUUUUUUUGGUAACCUUUCAAGUUCAUUUAUUUUGUAACCAGUGUUUGGUUGGCUCCUGCCCUUCCGCCCAACAGUCUGAGGGAAACACCUUGUUCUUAUUUUUUGUAACUACAGCCCCCACGUUGUUGAAAUGUGUUGAUGUAUUUAAACUACCUAACGCAUGUGGGAAGUUUCCUGUGCCGGGUUUUCUACCUCAAAUUUGUAUGACCACUUGCCGAGAAAACAGGUUCGCCAAGCCAACUAUUUAUGUGGAUUUAAAAAAAAAAAAAAAAAAAAAAAAGAAAUAAAAGUUUUAUGAAAAUGGACUUUCCCCUUUUCCGCCAGGCCUCGGUGCCUCCGAGCGCCCGCUCCGGCUCGCCAGGGCUGGGGGAGAUCGGCCCACCCGCAGGGGCUUUGCCGCUGUGAAACUGACAAGGGCAGAGGCGUUCUCGGGAUGGCUACAACAGGGCGUUUCUUUAAAAAAAACCGGGUUUAUAUAAAAUACGAAAAGCAGCAGGGAAAUGAGCAUUUAUGGAGUGACCCCUUUCGGAUUGUAAUAUAGAUUUGACGGCGCACGCGGCCUCUCGGGGUGUGUAUAUAACAGCUCGGUUCUGGGUCAUGCAUCGAUGCUGCUGAGCCGCUCUAGAUCAUGCUUUGGGCUCUAGAUUUAAUUAAAUCGACAGACCUAUAUUAUUAUAUGCAUAUCUAGUAACAUGUACAAGGACCUUACUAGCCGGGCUGCUGGAAGGAUCUGUACAGUGGGGGUGCUGAGAGCCAUUGACCCAAACCCUAGAACCU